GUGGCUCCAUAUACAGCAAAUAAAUUUGACUCUGGGCUGGAGUGCGACUCACCUCUUGGCGGAAAUCAAUUGAUAUCAGCUCAUCUUUGAAAGCUAGAGGCACAGCAACGGAAAACAAAACAUACAACUCUAUUUGUUUCUUCAUUGAAGCCUUAACAUUCAUAAAACGUCUUCUCUUUGGUCCGUAGAUCAUGGUGAGCAGCGGGUUGAUUCUCUCGGUGUACAUAAUUACCUUCGUGUUUGGCUUCCCAGCCAACCUCCUGGCUCUCUAUGCCUUCAGUGCCAAGAUCCAUGUCAAGGCAAAUCCAACAGACAUCCUGCUACUCAAUCUGACCGUCUCCGACCUGCUCUUCUUGCUCAUCCUUCCUCUCAAGAUGUACGAGGCCAUGUCAGGCAUGACGUGGAAUCUGCCCAGCUUCCUGUGCUCCAUCACUGCCUUCAUCUUCUUCUCCACCAUCUACACCAGCUCCUUGUUGCUGAUGGCUGUCAGUCUGGUUCGCUACAUUGCACUCGCCUUCCCUAUCACCUAUCAUCGGCUGCACAAACCUGUGUAUGCAGUAGUGAUGGGUGCAGUCAUUUGGCUGAUCUCCUUAGCAAACUGCAGUAUCACUUUCAUCACCCAGUACCACCCAGCCCUAGCCAGUGAAACCCUUGAUGGCCAGGCCCAUGCUUGCUAUGAGAACUUUACGGAGAAGCAGCUGGAUGUCGUCCUCCCGAUACGUUUGGAGAUUUUCUUUGUCUUCUGCCUUGUUCCUCUUGUAAUUUGUGUUUACUGCUACGUGCAAUGCAUCUUGAUCCUGUACAGCCGCCCCAGGAUAUCCCGCAUGCAGAAACAGAAAGCCAUCGGUAUGGCCUUGGGGACUCUGGCCGUGUUCUUCAUUUGCGUGUUACCAUACAAUAUCUCUCAUUUAGUGGGUUUCAUUGAGGGUAAGAGUCCAGAGUGGAGGUACUACGUUUUGCUGCUUAGCACCUUCAACACCUGCAUUGAUCCCAUCAUCUUCUACUUUUCUUCCUCUAGCUUCCACUGCAACAGUAAAAAGUCAAUUUUCAGGAAACGUAAACUCACUGUUUUAGAGUUACAAAAGCAGGUCACAGGCUCUAACCCAGGGUAAUAGACACUGUCCAGCUUUAAUGUUAUUAUUGUACUGUAUAUUAAUCCAUUAUUAUUCCUAUUACCUCUACCACUUAUCCUGGAGCCAAUCCUACCCAGAAAGAAUUACCAUAUGCUUCAGAAGAUGUUUAGUUCAAGCUUAAAUUUCAUAUUUAUUUAUCUUUAUAAAACAAUGUCUUAAAAAAUCUGAGGUGUUAUUUGAUCCUGUUGAAAGUGACUGUGAUGCUUUCGAAAACAAUGUCGACCUUUUUAAUACAAAAUAAAGAGACAUUUGAUUGGGAUAUGCAAAUUCCAAAUUUUAUUAUUUUACAGUAGGUUCUCUAUUUUUCUGGGAAAUCAUUUGCGCCCUUGACAAAGUAACUUGUGUUUACUUUAACGCGGGCCAGCCACUCUUCUGCACUCGUGCAUUCUGUAGGCACACAUGUAGAAUAUACCUGCAACAAAAAACAAAACAAAAGUCAGCACACAGUAUGUCAAGUACAAGAUGGUCGCACAGAAAAUUAGUUAUUUAAAAGACAAUAUUUCUUAUUUUUUAGUUAUCCAGUAUAUCUGAAGCUUUUUGUGGGAGUUUGAAAAGUUUCAAAAGCCUCCUUUACAAUUGUUGUGAAUAAA